GCUAUUCACAAAAAGAUAAUGUCACUCAACUUCCGUGAUUGUCAUGCUAAGAUUCGACAAGUUGAUAGUCAUGCAACAUUGGGUGAUGGAGUUGUUGUGCAGGUCACUGGUGAACUUUCUAACAACGGACAACCAAUGAGACGAUUUAUGCAGACAUUUGUACUGGCACCGCAGUCUCCUAAAAAGUAUUAUGUGCAUAAUGACAUCUUUAGAUAUCAAGAUGAAGUGUUCAAUGAUGAUGAGGAAACUGAUAACCUUGAUGCAUCACCAGUUGAAUCUGAGGGUGAAGUAGAAGAUGAGAGGUCAGAAAGUCCUCCAAACGCUGUUGAUGAUAUGCGGGAUCCAGCCAUUGCCUCAUUCUAUCAUUCUUCAUCGGUUACUAAUGGCACUGUGGAAGAAAUUCCACAACCAAUCCAGGCUGUGAUGAAACCGGAAGUAGAAGACAUUGUGGAAAACUUAGAAAAUGUAACUCAAGCAGCUCCAACAUCACCAAUGACUCCAUUGUCACCUGAAAUUCAGCCAUCACCUCCUUCACCACCACAGCAGCAGCAGCAGCAACAGCAACAGCCAGUAGAAGAACCACAGACAACCACUCCCAUUCAGACAAUGAUUGAAAAUCACACUGGAUCACCAACCUCCACUAAAGAUGAACUACAAGAACUAGAAACCCCGAAAACUUUGUCAUGGGCAGAUCGUGCCAGGCAGAAUUCUCCGAUGAUUGUCAGUGCUCCAAAUGUUGUCAAACAAUCUCCUUCACAGCCUGGAUCUCCCCCAUCUAAAGAACAGAAUAAAAUCACUGAGUCGGGCUCUGGAAGAGCUGAACCCCUUCCCCAAAGGGCACCUCGACAAAGCGGUCGAGGCAUGGGUCGUGGUACUCCUCCCAAUAUUGGUAGUGAUGGGGCAAUGAGUGACCAACCAAUCCGAUCUCGUCCUCGACAUCCUGACAGCCACCAAGUUUUUGUUGGCAACUUGCCACAUGAUAUUAACGAAGAUGAAUUAAAAAAUCAUUUUAUGGCUUAUGGCAACGUGGUAGAAAUGAGAAUCAACACUAAAAGUGGUGGUGGAAAAAUUCCCAAUUUUGGUUUUAUUGUCUUUGAUGACCCGUCACCAGUUCAACGUAUUCUUAGUGAAAAA